AUGGAUCAGACAGAGACAAAAGAGCGGAGGGACUCGGGAUCUCACGACAUCACAUCUCCGGAGAAACUCGUCUACCAAUACCAGGGCAGCGUGGAGGUUGUUAGGGCCGGAACCCUCGCAGCGCUGGUGGAAAAUCUGACGCACCACGACAAGCUCGACGGUGCCUUCAACCGGGUAUUCCUCGCCACUUAUAAGUAUUUUACCGCUGCAGCAGAGCUUAUUGAGCUCCUCAUCGAUCGAUUCGACUGCUCGCCUCCAAAAUUAAACGCCACCGAGACGACAGAAUGGACGACUCAGAUAAAGCCGCUGAUACGAUUGCGUGUGAUAAAUGUUCUGAAGCAAUGGCUCGAGCAUUUCUGGUCUGAGCCAAAAGACAUUGAUACAGAUCGAAAUUUGCGAAUACUGCAGUCAUUCGCCAAGCGCGCCACGGAUGCCACCGAGGCAAGCGCCGUACAACAACUUCUCACAGUCAUUCAGCGCCGACUUGCGGGUCUCGAGUGCCACAAAAGAUCGCUAUCAUCAAUAUCCAAUCCACCAAAACCUAUUCUACCACGCAAAUUAAACAAGCUCCAAUUCCUCAAAAUCGAUGCAACGGAAAUUGCGCGGCAGCUGACUAUCAUGGAAGCACAUAUGUUCGGCAAAGUACAACGAGAUGAAUUGCUAAACAAAAACUGGCAAAUGAAGGACAGCUCCAAUACGCCCGAGCUAGCUCCAAACAUCAGAGCCUUGAUUCGGUAUUCCAAUCAGCUCUCUAAUUGGGUCGGCACCCUAAUACUCGCAGAAUCGGAUGUCAAAAAGCGGACCCAAGUGAUAGGGCAUUUGGUCAAUGUGGCCAACACAUGUCAUCAACUCCGUAAUUACUCAGCGGUAAUCUCUAUCCUGGCAGGCAUGGAAAGCGCACCCAUCUACCGGCUUGCCCGCACGUGGGCAAUGGUUACCGAACGUAGUUGCAAUACACUAAGGCCCCUGCAAGCUAUGACAUGCAGCGCACACAAUUACCAGGCCUACCGUGACACGUUACGGGUUGCAAUGGCACCGUGCGUGCCUUUCCUUGGUCAGUUCUCUCGUGAACCGUUGAAAUUGCCGAUUAUUAACCAUUCAACAGGAUUGUUCUUGAAAGACUUGACAUUCAUCGAAGAUGGAAACCCAGCCAUGACGCCGGAAGGGCUCAUCAAUUUCCAAAAAUAUACUAUGCUAGCGUCAACCAUCCAUGAGAUUCAGCGUUUAAAAGAAGCCCCUUACUCGUUACGACCCGUGCCUGAGUUGCAGGAAUAUCUUGCAACUCAGUUGCAAUCCGCUGUUGAUUUACAAAACAUGUGGGACAAAAGUUGUCAGCUGGAAGCUCGAGGCCGGGAUCUUGGAAAUAGACCCCGGGAUUUAUAUACCCCCACAGGAGGCAUGUUCGCGUCUAUGGUAGUCGCGUGCAUGGUCCUGGAUGAUUGA